AUGACUGGUAUAGGAGCAAUUCAAACGGAUAUGGAGACAAUCGAAAAAGAACUGUUACAUGCAGAAGUAAGUUUCAUAACUAGACAUGAGCAACAGGCUUGAAAGUUACGUCCGGCCUGUGGGCCGGGCUUGAAAAUUGGACCCAGGCCCGACAAAAGUUUUUUUAAAUUUUUCAUUUUAAUCCCCUUGAUGUUUUUUGGUUUUAUUGGGUACUAUGACCCAUAAAUGAUCUGAAAAAACAAAGCCAAAUUUCCGUUUAGUUUAAAAUUUUUUAAAACGGGCCGAGCUUGAAAAUUGGGCCCGGCCCGUUGCUCAUGUCUAUUCAUAGCAUUAAAAUAAAAGUAAAAUAAAACGAAAUAUAAUUAGAAUUAUUUUAGGAAAAACAUGAAGAGUAUUUGGGAGUUCUUCGAGAUUUGGCCAAGUUUCAAGCCCAAAGUAAGAAGAAUGUGAAACAUUUGAAGUAUUUGUAUACUCAAAUUCAGUGUGAUAUUAAAAAGUAUGUUUUCUAUCUUUGAUAUUAUUGUAGUUUAGAGCAGAAGUAUCCAAAAUCAGUCCAAAUCAAGAGGAACUUGAUCAUCUGAAAAAGCUUAAGCUACGAUUAACGGAAGUCAAGUUUAAAAUAGAUGAAAUGAAAGCUGAGCUGCCAGCUGAUGAUAACGGGUAAAUCUAUUUUAGUUUUAAAAUGCGAUUCGCAAAAUUUUAGUCAGAAAAUUAGCUUGUGCUGCAUGUUACCAUGAGCACAUAAUGCUUGUGUUUAGAUAAAAAUUUUAUUAAAAGUUUUUUCACAGGUAACAAAUUUUAUAUGUUAAUGGUUGCGUUAUUUAGAUUGUAUUUAUCGAUUAUCUUGGGCAGUAACUUGGACGUAUCACUAUUGAAUCCGGACGACAGAUAUCGCUACAAGCAAGAAUAUGAAAAGUUUAAGAUGACUGUCACUUCUGUGGCUAUGGUUGUUCUUCUUUUGUCAUACUUUAUGCCUUCUCGAGCAACAGACGCGUUGUCGACAUUUUUGAUGGUUUGGUAUUACUGUACAUUAACCAUUCGUGAGGCAAUUUUACGUGUGAAUGGAUCCAGGAUUAAAGGAUGGUGGGUUUUGCAUCACUACGCGGCUUGUGUACUUUGUGGAAUAGUUUUAAUUUGGAGAGACGGACCAUGUUAUAAAGAGUUUAGAAAUCUGUUUAUUGUUAUGGCGUUUUAUAUUGCGUUGGUACAAAUGAUGCAGUACAAAUAUCAGACGGGCUGCUUAAGAAGACUUCACGCCUUGGGGCAACGGCAUUCAAUGGAUAUCACAGUUGGUAUGUUUAAAUUUGUUAUUUAAAAAAUUAUUUUUAGAGGGAUUUAGCAGCUGGAUGUUUAAAGGCUUAACUUUUAUACUGCCGUUUUUGGUUAUUGGAUAUGUAAGUUUUAAUGAAUAAGGAGGCGUUUACUGAAUAGGAAACGCAAAUUUUUUAAAACUUUUAAAUAUUUUUUAUAUUUCAGCUGCUUCAAGGAUAUUGCUCGUUUUACUUGUUCCACAUGUAUUUCUUCAAAAAUUGUUCACAAGACUGGCAGGUCUUGGCUUUGGCGGUAUUGUUUGGAAUUGUUAGCUUGGGAAAUAUUAUUACAAGUGUGAUUGUAUUCUUGAAGAAACUAAGGCAGCAUACCUCAGAUGUGAGCUUGUUGGCUUCUAAGUAUCGGCUAAAAACGGAGUAA